UUCCUUCGGUGGUUGUCAAGGUAACCACGGCCUGUUGCCAUGGGGACUGAAGGUCGGACAUUAAAAAAUGACAUGCAGUUGCACGCUGUCUCGUAGAUCAAAUAUAUCAUUUGAUCAAUGGGAUGCUUUUUGGCAGUCCGCUGGAUCGAUACCCCGCCAGUGACGUCAUUCUCCUUCCGGUCUGCGCGGGAAGUCGCUGAGGUGGAGACAAAAUAAUCUGCAGAUCAGCAGCUUGUUUGUCUCCUCAGCAUCUCUCCUCUUCAUCCUCGCUUCUCCGAGCAGCGAUGCUCCAAGCGGACCGGGCCGCCUUCAGUGGAGUGUCCGCCGGCUGCCAGUGAACGUCGGGCUCGAUUCUCUCUCCGUCAUGGUGCAAAAGUCGCGUAACGGCGGCGUGUUCCCCGGAGCCCAGGCCGACCAGAAGAAGCUGAAGGUCGGUUUCGUAGGUCUGGAGGCCGGGGGGACUGAGUCCAGCAGGGACGGAGCGCUACUCAUUGCAGGAGCUGAUGAAGGUCCUCGCCGGCAGCGCAGCAGCGUCUCCGGAGGAGGCAAGAAGCCCCCUAAAAGAAACGCCCUCUACAGGCGUCUGCAGAACUUCCUGUACAACGUCCUGGAGAGACCCAGAGGAUGGGCUUUCAUCUAUCACGCUUACGUGUUCCUCCUGGUCUUCUCCUGUCUGGUUCUGUCCGUCUUCUCCACCAUCCGAGAGUAUGAGAAGAGCUCAGAGGAUGCGCUCUACAUCUUGGAAGUGGUGACCAUUGUGGUGUUUGGGGUGGAGUACAUGGUUCGCAUCUGGGCCGCGGGGUGCUGCUGUCGCUAUCGGGGCUGGAGAGGUCGACUUAAAUUCGCCAGGAAACCGUUCUGCGUCAUCGACAUCAUGGUGCUGAUUGCGUCCAUAUCCGUGCUGGCCGCGGGGACGCAGGGAAAUGUCUUCGCCACCUCGGCCAUCCGCUCGCUGCGUUUCCUUCAGAUUCUCCGAAUGAUCCGAAUGGACCGGCGGGGUGGAACCUGGAAGCUACUGGGCUCGGUAGUGUACGCCCACAGCAAGGAGCUGAUCACCGCUUGGUACAUCGGCUUCCUGUGUCUCAUCCUGGCCAGCUUCCUGGUUUAUUUGGCAGAGAAAGAAGACAACGAGCAGUUUGAGACGUACGCUGAUGCCCUUUGGUGGGGACUGAUCACCUUGACAACCAUUGGUUACGGAGACAAGUUCCCCAUCACCUGGAAUGGACGUCUGCUGGCGGCGACCUUCACUCUCAUUGGAGUGUCCUUCUUUGCCCUCCCAGCUGGCAUCCUGGGGUCUGGUUUUGCUCUGAAGGUUCAGGAGCAGCACAGACAGAAACACUUUGAGAAGAGACGCAACCCAGCAGCUGGGCUCAUACAGGCGGCGUGGAGGGUCUACGCCACAAACUUGAGUCGAUCCGACCUGACGUCAACAUGGGACUAUUACGAGAGGACUGUGUCCGUCCCCAUGUACAGGUUAAUCCCUCCCCUCAAUCAGCUGGACCUGCUGAGGAACCUCAAGAACAAGUCUGGGCUUUCGUUCAGGAAGGACGUCCAACCAGAACCGUCUCCCAGUCAGAAGGUCAGUCUGAAGGAGAGGGUCUUCUCAUCUCCACGCAGUUCAGGAACCAAAGGAAAAGGUUCUCCUCAACACGUAGUUGGCCCAGGAGUUCCUCUUGGAGUUCCCAGUGUCCCUGGGGGUGUUCAGGCUUUGCGACGCUCCCCCAGUAUAGAUCCCAGUCUGGAGGACAGUCCCAGCAAGGUUCCUAAGAGCUGGAGCUUUGGAGAACGCAGCAGAACCAGACAGGCCUUCAGGAUCCGAGGAGCAGCCUCUCGCCAGAACUCUGAAGUUCUCAUAGAGAUGCAGGAUGAGGAGUUCAGACAAAAGAGCUCGCCAGACGCCAGCCUGCCGGGAGAAGACAUGGCCGACGAUAACAAGAGCUGUCACUGCGAGUUUGUCCCGCAGGACCUGACCCCCGGCAUCAAGGUCACCAUCAGAGCCAUCUGUAUCAUGCGCUUCAUGGUGUCCAAAAGGAAGUUUAAGGAGAGUCUUCGUCCCUAUGAUGUUAUGGAUGUAAUAGAACAGUAUUCAGCAGGACAUCUGGACAUGCUGGCACGCAUCAAGAACCUCCAAUCCAGAGUGGACCAAAUCGUGGGAAGAGGAACGCCAAUCGCAGACAAGGACCGACCAAAAUCAGCAGGCGAAGAUCUACCCGAGGACCCAAGUAUGAUGGGGCGACUUGGAAAGGUGGAGAAGCAGGUUCUGUCUAUGGAGAGGAAGCUGGACUUCCUUGUGAACAUCUACAUUCAGCGAAUGGGAAUUCCUCAGGCCGAGACAGAUGCAUACUUUGGAUCCAAGGAGCCUGAUCCUGCACCGCCUUACCACAGUCCAGUGGAGCAGCUGGAGAAGAGCCAGUCCAUUCACAAGAUCCACCAGGUGUUGCCCGGCGACGGUGCGGACAAGAGUCACUUCGGGACAAAGAUGGUCCGCUCCAGCAGUUCUACCGGGCACAGGAACUACAACGCCGCCACCUGCACCCCCUCCACCUCUUGGCAGCCAAUCAGUUCUCAUCUUCACCAGCAGGCCCCUCACCCGCCUCAGCGUAGCCAUGGCAACACUCCGAGCCCUGCAGGUGACGCCUCGCUCGUUCGACUCCCACCGCCGCCGGCUGGUGAACGACACGGAGGAAACCGUUCCAACCGCCACAGUGUCGGAGAGCGUGCGGGUGCCGAAAGAUCAGAGAGGGGAGCUGAGAGCACCCACGAGGAGGGCAAGCUGGACAGCGACGCCUCCGUAUCCAUCCCAUCUGUGGACCACGACGAGCUGGAGCGCUCCUUCAGCGGCUUCUCCAUCUCGCAGUCCAGAGAAAACCUAGACUUCCUCAACAAUGGCUUCUACUCAGCUGCUGCCAACCUGGGGGAACGCCGCGGCGUGGGCGGAACCUCCUGCUGUGCCACCAUUCGACCAUACAUUGCAGAGGCUGAGUCAGACUCGGACUCGGAGCUCUGUGCCCCCUCGCCACACUCGGACCACGCCUGGACCGGAACCAAGUAGAUUUGAGUGUAAAGCAAGCAGAACCAGCAGAACUGCAUUAAUAAUAAUAAUAAUAGUAAUAACAAUAGAAAUGUGAAUGACAAAAACACCAGCUGGAGUGACAGUGAAGUGAAAACACACCAGCUGGGUUUGUGUCGUCGACUUUUUUUCUUUUUUUUUUACAAUGACAGGACACACUCACUCCUGAUUGGUUCGCUGAAAGGAUGCACUCAGUCCUGACUGGUUCACUGAAAGGAUGCGAUCGCUCCUGAUAUGUUCACGGCAGGGACACACUCACUCCUGAUUGGUCCACACUAGUUGCCUGCUUGUGUCCACUUUGUUUCGACACACACAUCACCGCUACAUGUAUUGUUACUGUGUUAUUGUCAUGUCACAUAUGGACCUGAAGGGGGCGCUAAUUCUCAGAACAAAGUCUUGCCUUUGAAUCGUCAACAUUGCAAAGACGAACAAUAACAGUAGAAGCUUUUCUAGUCUGACUCCACACACAUUAAGGUAGCCGAUGAUGCUAGGUGAGCCCUUCGAACGCUAGCAACGCUAAAAUUAACUCCACGGGUGUAAAAGCUUUUUAAAAUAAUCUCAUAUUAUGCUACUUUAGCAUGGCUUGAUAUAUUAAAGAGCGGCGAAAACGCUAACAAGUCUGAGGAACUAAUAACAGACGUUAUAUAUAGACAAGUACGUAGUGUGAAAUGGAGCAAUUUAUCCGAACGUUAAUUAAAAAGCUAAUGAGACAAUGACGCGCUUAGCGGUCACGUGACACCAGCGACCGAGAAAUACUUAACAUGGCGAUGUCCAUGGCAUUAUAAUCAUCAUAAUAAUCCAAAUAUAUAUCCAUGCAGCAUGGCAGUCAUUAAGUUCACUUUCGCUUAUUGAAGAUAGGGAUAAACUUUUGGACUCGUUUGUGACGAGCACUUGCACUUCCUAACCUGGCCUACAGGGGGCGUCGUCAGGUCCAUUGACUAUUACUGUAGCAAAGUGUUUUAUUUAACGUGGCUUCCAUGUGUGACUGAUUGUACUUACUAGUAUUCUCAAUAAAAUCACUUGUUUCUUUUAUGGUGUUUAACUACACUGUUGUACAUUUU